AUUUGGAAAGGGAGAAUAAGGCGGGAUAUAAGCAGGCUUGUAACCGCGCGACUCAAUGAGCUCUUUUACCUCAGUACCUGUAUGUUUGGAUGCAUUAUCCAUAAUAAUAUAUCUGCCUAUGACAGUAAAAUAUGUUGGUGAAAAGGCGAAUGAAUUUAGCAACGACCCAGUGACUCUUGGGACAACCUUAUCUUUCAUAUUUCUCUCAUCUAAAAUAUCCAAGACGCACUCAAUGAACUCUACGAAAUGCAAACAUAGGCGGCAAGAAAGAAGUCAAAGAAGAAGACAGCAAAGAAGCCAACAAAUACAGGUUCAUUCCUGAUGUAUUCUGCCAACAAUUUUGGUAUUCAGUAGGUCAACUAGUAACGGGCAAGCAAGUUACUCCUAAAGCAACAUUGUCCUAGGACAUAAAGCAGUAUUAUACAGACUUCAAGGCCAAGUUCCCUACUAUCGAAGUAAACACAAGCUGACCGUGGGUUAUAGUCAUUGACUUACAGAGGCAGUAAAGGAAUUGAGCAUCUUACACGAACUCCAUUGUAGA